AUGAGCAGAAGCGGCAACAGGAAGAUGACGACCGAAAACGACGAGGUUUCAGAGCUGCUGCGAGCUGCGGAGGAUGAAAUGCUCCUCAAGCUCAGCGUCGAUUCCCACAUGUCGCGUGGUUCUUCGAGUCAUAUAAUCGACCCGGAUCUCGAUCGUCGCUUCCUUGCCCUCAAAUCCAAGCCAAAACCAUCGAAGAUCAAGCCAUCAACAAAUCCAUCAGCAGUUCCUCUACGAAACCCACCACCAGAAUUGCCGACAGGUUCGAUGAGAGAGAGUGGUGAUCAUGAGGAGACGAAGGUUGAUGAUGAUGAUCUGUUAGCUAGAUUUUCUGCUCUCAAGGGCUCGAUUCCUUCUUAUUUAUCAUCUUCUGUCGCUUUCAACGAUAGUCAGCGGCAAUCGAAAGGUGAGGAGAAGGAGGAGGAGAACAGUGAUACCGAUGAGGUUGAGAAGGUGAUUAAGUGGGCUAUUGAUGCUGCUCGACUUGAUCCUUCUCCUCCUUCCGAUAAUUCUGAUAAUGAUGAUAGCGACGAUGACGACGACGACGACGACGACGAUGACGAUGAUGGGUGGUAG